AAGACACCCCUACCGACGCCGGGGGUCCUAAUGAAUGAAUGUGGCGCGGCAUGGACAUUUGAGUGGUUUCGUACUUUUGACAGCCGCUAAGCCCAAAUAAAUACUUCUGCUCUCCGCUGCAACACUCAUGUUUUCCGAUCAAAGUUGUUGGUUUGUUCGCAAGGUGAUAUGCUGGAGGGCUGCGGCCAGCAUCGCCUGGGCUGUCCUGUUGUUGCCUCCCACCACUGCAGUUUUUAUCAUCCUCAGCAGAUUCAGUCUUCUUCUCCCACUCCAGACCAUAUCAGAAUGUGUGUCCAUCUUGACAAGCACAAGUGCAAUUUUCUCCUUUAUCUUGCUUUGUGCUGUCACCAUCAUGGUUGGGUUCCUGAUCUAUGAGUAUUAUACAGUGGUCCCAACCAUCGCCUGUUCCAAAAUUUCCCUUUUAGCCCAGCUGCUUCACCCUCGUCACGUGGUCAACUCCCUGAUCCACUGUGUCAUGGGUAUCAUUGUUGCCUGGUGUUCCACCGUCACCAUCGGGGGCAGAUACGAGAUGGUGGGAUAUCCGUGCGCCCACAGUGAGGGUGUUUCUCAGAUGUGUUUGAACGAGUACCACCUCGUCCUCUUGCUAGCGGGAGCCUUUGUUGGCUUUUCACACAGCCUGUUUGGUGUGAUCCACAACGUCAACUACGUCUCUUUCCACACCGUUCAGCAAUACAAGUAUCUUCACUUUAAGGGGUCCUUGUCACUGGUGGUGAAGUGCAGUGCCACUCAAGCACUAUACUCCGUGAGGAACUACAUCAUAGUGUAUUUCUUUUUAGGUUAUAUUCCAAGAGAAUGGAUCUGUAAAACAUUUAAUCUAUACAUUGACAGCUCCGCUCAUCGUCUGGACACUGUCGCUGGACUUUUGGACUUGUCAAUGCUCUACCAUCUGUGGCUCAGUGCCACCUUCCUGCUCUUCAGCUGGCACAUCACCCUGCUGCUCUUCAGGAUCUUUGUCACUGAGGGAUACAGCUUUCCUUUGCAGUCGUCUUUCACCGAGGACCUGCAUCAAUGUCUUCCCAAAGUUCUGAGCGACCCCCAGCCGGCCAUCUUAAAGUUCCUAGCCCUGCAGGACUUGGCAUUACUCUCUCAGCACUCGCCGUCGCGUCGCUGCGAGGCGUUCAGCCUGAGUCAGCCAGGUGGUCAUCCUCACAACUGGAACACCAUCAGCAGGGAGUGUAUGUCGCUGCUGGCUGACUUGACACAGCGACUGGUGACGUAUCACGACAGCGUGGCCACAAAUGGCAGGGCCAAGUCGCUGUCUACGGGGAGCGAAAAGUCCUCGUCAGAGACGUCCAUGGUAUCUUCUGGCCUGGAGGAUCUGAUGAGUCCGCAUCCCACCACCUUCCUGCCCAAGAUGGCCACGUCUGUCGCCGGCCGCUCCGCCAUGGACCUGGCGCAGAGCCCUCUAACAGCCCCCUUUACCCCUCCUCACAUGGACAGCCCCUUCACGUCACCCAGCCUGCGUCGUCUCACCGCUUACGUGGAUCAAGGAUCACCGUGGCACGGCACUGUGCAGAGUCCCCACAUCAUGAGGAGGGCCCCAAAGCUGUGGUCUACGUCCACAGAUUCGCAGUCCAAUGGCAGCUUGCUGCUUUCGCCCUCCCCCCUGCCCUGUUACAAGCAGGGCGCCUACAAACCAAGCCUUCUGGCCCAGUUCCUUCACAAGCGAAAAGAGCAGGUUAAAAGCUUCCUGUCAAAGCGGGUGCUCAUAGCGUAUUUGUUCAACAAGCUUCCAGAGGCUUCCAGUGAAGCGCUUUUUGCUGACAGCCAGGCCCACAUCUGGGCUUUAGAAGGACUGUCCUACCUGGUCCAAGCCUCCUUUUCAGAGGACCACUUUGGAGUAGUCCAGACGACGUUACCCAGCAUUCUCAGCUGUUUGCUGCUCCUUCAAGAGGCGGUUGACCGACACUUCAAGCUGCCUCACGCCUCCACAAAACCCGUGAGGACCACGGGCAGCAUGGGCGACUCAGCCUACAAGACUCUGCGUUUCGCUCUCAGGGCCACGCUCAAGACAGCCAUUUACCGAAUAACCACCACCUUUGGAGAUCACUUAAAUGCUGUUCACAUGUCCGCAGAGCACCGCAAGAGACUGCAGCACUUUCUCGACUACAAAGAAUGAAUUUUUAGGAGCGGGGCUUUUAUUUGUACGCAACAGAAAAAGAACGAACACUCACAGGUCAGACGCCUGCUUGUACAUAAUAGCUUUUUUUCUUUGUUACUGCACUCUGUUUAAAUAAAAAUGUCAAGAAUA